AUGGUAAUCCUACCAAAAAUCCAAUAUUUGUUCCGUACGCUGCCAAAUAAACUCCCGAAACAAUAUCUGCUAGAAUUGCAGAACAUCUUAAACAACUAUGUCUGGGAUUACAAAAAAACAAGAGUCGCCAAGACAACUCUGUACAGACCACCCGCCCAGGGCGGGUUGGGACUGCCCGAUGUAACAGGAUACUAUAGAGCUGCUCACAUAACCCCUCUUGUGGCAAUUUCACAUCGACAAGACCUUACAUCUUGGGCCGAAAUAGAGAAAAACCACGCGAGGGGGCUCUCCAUCCCACUCCUGGCAUGGCUACCAAAAACCCACAGACCAAAAAUCUCUGAACUGCUAUCUACAACUGCAUUGACUCUUUCAAUAUGGGACACAUACCGAAAAAAGAUGGUGGCAACAGCAACACUUUCUCCAGAACUUCAAUUGGACACGUUACAACUACUCAUACCAGAUUUUAACUAUAAACUUUGGUAUAGACACAGUACGGCAACCUUCUCCUACAGACAAAUGAGAUCAUGGGUACUCGCCCAACCAACACCACAACAAACAAAGCCGUCAAACACACACUGGACAAUAAUUAAGAUAUGCACGAAGACAAAACCAGCAACAAAACUCAUUUCCACAACAUACGCCUCAGAACAUAUGCAAACACAGACCAAACCACCUUCCUUCAAAACAGCAUGGGAACAGGACAUGGGACACCAACUCACUGAAGAACAAUGGCAAAACAUAUACUACGUCCAUAAAUGA